AUGGCGGAGGAGCCUUUAGCCCCAGUGGACGGCCAGUGGGCCACCUGGAGCACCUGGAGCAGCUGCAGCGCCACCUGCGGCUCCGGUACGCACAGCAGGCGCCGCACCUGCACAGACCCUGCGCCCGAGAGCGGCGGCGCACCCUGCUCUGGGAACGAGCUGGAGAUGCAGGCGUGUCAAACCGGCGUGACCUGUCCGGGUGAUUCUUCAGGUCCCAAAUGGCGGACGGACGGGCGGUGCGGGCAGCAGUACCCCGCGCCAGGAGCGACCCCUGGCGAGUGUGACGCGAACAGCAACGCUCCCUGCUGUUCUGAAUACGGAUAUUGCGGAGCAAGCAGUGAGCACUGCGCCUGCGCCAACUGUGCCGACUACAGGCUUCCGUCAGUUGACGGCGGGUGGUCGGGCUGGGGCGCCUGGUCCCCCUGUCACGGGUUCUGCGGCACGGGCAGAGAGCAGCGCACCCGGACCUGCAGUAAUCCCGCUCCGCAGAAUGGGGGCGCUGCUUGCCAGGGGGACGCAUCUGAGGACAGGGAGUGCGACACCGGGACGACCUGCCCACCCCCUGACAGCCGGACGUACCGCCGCGUGUGCUACCACACCAACUGGGCGCAGUACCGGAGCGAGCCCGCCACCUUCCUACCCGAGGACAUUGACCCCUGGCUCUGCACGCACGUCAUGUACGCCUUCGCCGUGCUGCAGGGCAACCGGCUCAAGGCGUUUGAGGCGAACGACGAGAGCACCCCGGGGCAGGUCGGGAUGUACGAGAGGACUAAUCAUGCAUUUGACUCCCGGGCCCCUCCCCCAUACGUACAGGACACCAACCCUGAUCUGAAGAUCUCCCUAGCGGUUGGCGGAUGGAACGUGGGGUCGGGGCCGUUCUCCGACAUGGUAUCGACGCCGGCGAACAGAGCCGAGUUCGUCACGACGUCACUCGGCUUUCUCCGGCAGUGGGACUUUGACGGACUGGACCUGGACUGGGAGUACCCUGCACAGCGUGCAGGUUCGCGCCCGGAGGACAAGCAGAGGUUCACGCUUCUCGUGCAGGAGCUGAAGGCUGCGUUUGACGCGGAGGUCCUGCAGCCUGGUCAGGAGCGCCUCCUGCUGAGCGCCGCCGUCCCUGCAGGAGAGAGCAGCGUCCUGCAGGGUUACGAAGUCGAUCUCAUCUCACAGCAUUUGGAUUUCAUCAACCUGAUGACCUAUGACCUGCACGGGUCGUGGGAGGCCGUGACGGGGCUGAACAGUCCGCUGUACCCUGCCGCAGAGGAGUCUGGGAACGCCAGGAAACUCAACCAGCAAGCUGCAGUUCAGGUCUGGCGCGCAGGUGGCGCCCCUGCGGAGAAGCUGAACUUGGGAAUCGCGCUGUACGGGAGGUCCUUCACGCUCUCCAGCGGGGACACCGGGCUACGAGCGCCGACUAGCGGCGGCGGGACGCCAGCGCAGUACACCCAGGAGGCCGGAUACAUCUCUUACUACGAGAUCUGUACCAUGCUCAGCAGCGGCGCCACCCGAGUAUUUGAUGCCGAACAGAAGGCGCCGUACUCUUACCUGGGGAACCAGUGGGUCGGGUAUGACGACGCAGAGAGUAUCGGGCAUAAGAUCGCCUUCCUGAAGCAGGAGGGUCUGGGUGGGUCCAUGGUCUGGGCCGCGGACCUGGACGACUUCAGCGGGCAGUUCUGUAACAAGGGGCGGUACCCGCUCAUGAACCUCAUCAAGGACAGGCUGGAGAUGGGGGUCUUUAACGCAAGCGACGCGCUUGACGGAGGGUGGGCAGACUGGACAGCCUGGACCCCUUGCAGCGUAUCCUGUGGGUCUGGAGCGGAGACACGCAGCCGCACCUGCAGUAACUCGGCCCCGCAGCAUGGGGGCGCUGCUUGUUCGGGAGACGGGACCGAGGAGAGGGCGUGUCAGACCGGCGUGACGUGCCCAGAUAGAGGUGUGACCCUGUGA